AUGCAGCUCGGUACAAGGAGCAUAAAAGCACGUCCAAGUACCGCAAAACACCCUUUUCCAUCCGGGAUUCUAUCUCUGCACUGCCGCUACAGGACUUCUGUGCACUGCCUUGUCACUUCACACCGGAAUGUCACGUCAGUAGUACGCUCAGAUGCACAACGAGCGACCAUAUAUGCGCUGUCGACACCGCACGGCAAAGCCGGAGUCGGGGUAGUGCGAGUCUCGGGUCCCGAUGCACUGGACGUAUGGAAACAGAUGGUGAGGAGGAAGGGAAGCUGCCAUCAGCCUCCGGAACCUUGGAAAAUGCACCGCUGUGAUAUCGUAAACCCUGGGAAAGGCGAGAUCCUGGAUAAUGGGUUGGCUGUUCUGUUCCGAGCACCCAGGUCGUUUACGACAGAAGACGUACUGGAGCUGCAUAUACACUCUGGACGCGCCAUCAUCUCUUCUGUAUUGCGCGCACUGGGGGAGCUUCCAUUUUGUCGCCCUGCAGAACCCGGGGAAUUCACCCGCAGGGCUUUUAUGGGUGGUCGGCUUGACCUCACUCAAGUCGAAGGAUUGAAGGACCUCAUUGAUGCAGAUACGGAGAGUCAACGUCGAAUCGCAUUGAAUGCCGUCGGGGGCUCCAUGCGAGAACGGUAUGAUAACAUCAGGGAAGAGAUCAUCAAGUGCCUCGCGUUUAUGGAAGCCCUCAUCGACUUUGGGGAAGGAGAGGACAUUGAAGACGGAGUAUACGAGCAAGCCAGGGAGCGCGUUUUGAAAUUGUGUACUACAAUCGAGGGUCACUUGCAUGACAAACGCCGGGGAGAGAUCAUACGUUCGGGUAUACGUCUAGCUAUAUUCGGUCCCCCAAACGCUGGGAAGAGCAGCCUGCUCAAUUUUCUGGCUCAAAGAGAAGCGGCUAUCGUGACUCCAGUGCCAGGGACAACGCGUGAUAUCCUGGAACUGUCUCUGGACAUCGGCGGACUGCCUGUCAUAAUCUCUGACACCGCAGGUCUCCGAGCAACAACUGAUCUCGUAGAAAGUAUUGGUGUCGAACGUGCGAGAAACGCGUACGAUCUUCUGUUCAGGAAUGCCGACAUAUCCCUCUGCGUACUCUCACUAUCAGAUAUUGCUUUCAACGGCGAAAAAUCAGUGCUUCCUUCAUCAUUAGAUGAGCUAGUCAACGAAAAUACGUUUUAUUUGUUCAACAAAGCAGAUCUGGUAUCUCCCGAGUGCGCGAAGCUUGCCCAAACACGUAACGCUUGGGUGACCAGUCUAAACACUGGCCAAGGCACCGCAGAGUUCCUGGCCCAGUUCUCAGAAGCCUUGCGAUCCAACUACGAUUUAGGUGACGCGAAUGACUCACAGGCCCCACUGAUCACCCAUGCACGACAUCGUGCUCAUCUUGAAACAGCUCUCGAAUUUUUGAAGGCUUUCUUGGAGACACCUUCCGAGGAAGUCGUGUUGGGAGCCGAGGAGCUACGUUACGCCGCUCAGGCCAUUGGGAAGGUGUCAGGACUUAUAGAUGUGGAAGACAUCUUAGAUUCGGUUUUCCGGGAUUUCUGUAUUGGAAAAUAG